UAAAGCCAUCUGACUGGACCAUUCGUCACUCUCUCCCGCUUUCUCUCUCUCUUUUCACUGUAGUGGAAAGACGAUGAACAGCCCGCGAAAUUCUAUGUAGAAAUCGAAAUGGCGAUGGCUCAAUCUUCUCUCACUCUCGCAUUGUCUCCUGAUUCUUAGUGCUCUGCUAUUCACCGUCGGCUACCGGAGUUUCUGCGGCGACGGCCUUGGCUUUGGAAUGAUCCUCUGAAUCUCUUCAGGCUACACUCUGAUUCUGGAAUGGACUUCGAUAAGGAAAUGUCAUCGACUAUUGUAGAAAGUAAGGAUGCAGUAACUGGUCACAUAAUCUCCACUACUAUUGGAGGGGAAAAUGGCGAGCCAAAACAGACUAUUAGCUACAUGGCGGAACGUGUUGUUGGUUCCGGAUCGUUUGGAAUUGUUUUCCAGGCUAAAUGCUUGGAAACUGGGGAGACUGUUGCAAUAAAGAAAGUCUUGCAGGACAGACGUUAUAAGAAUCGUGAGCUGCAGUUAAUGCGCUUGAUGGAUCAUCCAAAUGUUGUUUCCUUGAAGCAUUGUUUUUUUUCUACAACUAGUAAGGAUGAACUUUUCUUAAAUCUGGUCAUGGAAUACGUUCCCGAGACUAUGUAUCGGGUACUGAAGCACUACUGCAAUAUGAACCAGAGGAUGCCACUCAUCUAUGUGAAACUUUAUACUUAUCAAAUCUUCAGGGGACUAGCUUAUAUACACACUGUUCCUGGAGUUUGUCACCGCGAUGUAAAGCCUCAUAAUAUUUUGGUUGAUCCUCUCACGCAUCAGGUCAAGCUUUGUGAUUUUGGAAGCGCAAAAGUCCUGGUUAAAGGUGAAGCAAACAUCGCUUACAUAUGCUCCCGUUACUAUCGAGCUCCAGAGCUCAUAUUUGGUGCAACAGAGUACUCUACGUCCAUCGACAUAUGGUCUGCUGGCUGUGUUCUUGCCGAGCUGCUUCUAGGCCAGCCAUUGUUUCCUGGGGAAAGUGCCGUAGAUCAACUGGUUGAGAUAAUCAAGGUUCUUGGCACUCCAACUCGAGAAGAAAUUCGAUGCAUGAAUCCAAAUUAUACAGAUUUUAGGUUUCCUCAGAUCAAAGCCCAUCCGUGGCACAAGGUCUUUCACAAACGAAUGCCACCCGAAGCUAUUGACCUUGCUUCAAGGGUUCUUCAAUAUUCUCCCGGCCUCCGGUCCACUGCACUUGAAGCAUGUGCGCAUCCCUUCUUUCAUGAACUUCGGGAGCCUAAUGCCCGCCUCCCCAAUGGUCGUCCGUUGCCCCCACUCUUCAAUUUUAAACAGGAACUUUCCGGAGCAUCACCUGAAUUGAUAAAGAGGCUCAUACCAGAGCAUGUCCGGCGGCAGACUGGACUAGCGUUACCUCAUCAAGCAGGUACAAACAUUAACUCGAGGCCAUGAAAGGACUAAGUUCGUCUUUAUCAAAAGUAGCUUGAGAGGUCUGCGUCUCUGAAAAUCCAACCAUUCUGGAAAAUUAUACAUACGGGGCCAUCCAGCGCCAUCGCGGAAGUGGUAAAAUAUCAAUUACUUUAACAUUUGCUGAUAUGAUAACAUAUAAUAUUUGGUACGUAUGUACAUUAUUUUUACCGCACAAAUUAUAGAUAGCUAGGAGUAUAUAAAUGGUAUUUGUAUUGUAUCACGCCUUGCUAGGUAUCAGGGGAUACAAAAUCCCAUUACGAGCUCAAGUAGCUUAUUAUAGAUUGUAAUACACGUAGCUAAUAAUCGCCGUGUCUUAAAAUUAUGCCCUUUGUUUGUAUUUAUUUUAGUAUGGAAGCUUAUAAUCAUAUAUAAGUGUG